AUGAAUUAAAACUCAUAAUUUUAAUAGAAUUAGGAUUUUAAAUGUAAAGAUCAUAAUGAAAAGCCUGCUCUUUUUUGGUGUAGAUAAAAUGAUUGUAAUGAGAAUAGAAUUUUCUGUCUGAAUUGUCAAAAGUAGAAUAAACAUAUCUAACAUUAUAAUGAAGAUGUUUUUAGUAUUCAUGAAUUAAAUUAAUUUUUAAUUGACUAAUCAAAACAACCUAAAAAUCUUAUUUCAGAAUGUCAACUUUAAUUAUAAUUAACAAUUAAAUCAUUUGAUAAACUCAUAUCUGGUUUAUCAUACAAAUUCUGUGGAAUAGAAAAUAAAAUUAAUUAAUUUAAAAAUUAUUAAACAUAAUAAGUUCUUGAUUCUUUGAUUAAAUUUGAUGAAUUUAAGAAUCAUUUGAAAAAUAAUAUAUUAGGAUUUUUAUAGAAAUUUUAAAAUAUUUUAGAUGAUCUUUAUAUUAAAUUAGAAUUACAUCUAAUUUAAUAUUAGAUAACUGAUUAAUAGAUUUAAUUAAAUAAAAUAGAAUAAUAAAAAGGUUUUAAUAAAUCUUUAUANAAAAGAAAUGUUACUAACAAAUAACAAUUAAUCAAUUUAAGGUGUGUGUGUUAUUAUUAAGGAUAUUUUUUGAAUUAAUUAAUUGAUGUUAAAUAUAUAAUAACCAGAGUAAAUAAAAAAUAUUUAAUUAUUUAAUCAUGA